UACUACAUAGCAUAAAAAACAGCAUUUAUAUAUAUGCUUUAACCUUGUCUCAAAUUCUUCCCCAAGCCUUCUUGUGAAGACAACACCCCAUGAGUAAAGUUGCUAGUUUUCUUCGCAUAUAUACAUGAAAGCCCAACCUUGAAAGAAAUAUUCUAUACUAUACUUCUUAGCAGCCCCAUGUUGUUUCUGGAUAUGCAAUCUUUUAGUUAACUUUGUAUAAACAUAUUCUUUUAUUGUCUCUUUCCCAUUGGUUUGCCUUGUAAUUCAAAACCAGGAUUGGAAAACCGGGGUGGAGAUAUCUUGGCAAGAAAUCUGGUCAGAUCUUGCUUUGUGGGUUUGUGGAUUUUGGUGGGUCUUGGUUUUCAAUACAAAGUUCCUUCUCCAUAUACCCUCUUCUUCUCAUCUCAUUAUUAUAAAGUAGGGGGAAAAAAGAAAUAGGAAAAAAGGGGAAAGAACUCACAUAUAUACCCCAACAAAGAAGGAAGGCACCUUUUUUCCAUCUUUCCCUUUUUCUGGUUUGGUUAUUCUAGCUUUUAAAGCUCUCUUUGGAUUCUGGGGAUUGAAGAAGAAUUUGGAGAAAUGGGCAUGGCAGCUGCAGAUCCACAGUUUCAUGUUCUGGCUGUUGAUGAUAGCCUCCUGGAUAGGAAGCUCAUUGAGAGGCUCUUCAAAACUUCCUCUUGUCAAGUUACUGCAGUUGAUUCUGGUAGUAAGGCCUUAGAAUUUCUUGGAUUACUAGAACAUGGCCAGGACUGCCCAACCCAACCUUCUGUUUUACCCAACCACAAUCAGGAAGUGGAAGUCAAUCUUAUCAUCACAGACUACUGCAUGCCUGGGAUGACAGGCUAUGAUUUGCUCAAGAAAAUCAAGGAAUCUUCAUCUCUGAGAAACAUACCAGUUGUCAUCAUGUCAUCUGAGAAUGUUCCUUCAAGAAUCAAUAGAUGCUUAGAGGAAGGGGCAGAAGAGUUUUUCCUGAAGCCAGUGAGGUUGUCAGAUGUGGAUAAGCUUAAACCUCAUAUGAUGAAAACCAAGGGCAAAAAUCACCAGAAAGCAGGGACUGAUGACACCCAAGAACACAAAGAAACAUCAUCGGAAGAGUCAUCAUCAGUUGAGUCUGGUGUAACAGAUGUUGUUCAAUCACAACUGCCACAACUACCAUUAGAACAGCCACAAUCUGAGACAGAACAGCACCAACCGCCACCCGAUAAUAACAACAAUAAUUGUAACAAGAGGAAGACCAUGGAAGAAGGCCUUUCACCAGAUAGAUCAAGAACUAGAUACAAUGGUCUCACCAAUCUCUAACCUAACCACCUGUGCUCUUUCUUUGUUCCUUUUUCAGUCUGAAUUUGAUUCUGAUAAGUGAUAAUCUUUACCCUUUUUCCUACUUGUUUUAGUUACAUAGGUGGAUGGUACAAAGGUCCUGAGAAUUGUAGAGAAAAAAAGAGAAAAAAAAAAAGAUUUGUGACUAUAUGACUGAUCUGUACACAUAUUAUAUGAUGAAAGAAGUUCAUCAAAUUUUGUCUUGCUGAUCUAAUAGGGGCUGAAAAGUUGCCAUUGUUAUAGCUGAAAGAUCAGUCUGACUAUUGUAAAGCUUUGGUAGUUGUUAGAUAAGGGAUUUAAUGCAGGAGAGUUAGUAAUGU